AUGAGCCCUUUCACGCUGCGCCUGAAGCUUGGAGCUGAAUGUGGAAUAAAUGCAGAAGUAGAAAAACAGCUCGAAAUGGGAAAGAAGCUAUUGGCUGCUGGACAGCUGGCAGAUGCUUUGUCUCACUUCCACGCAGCUAUAGAGGGAGACUCAGAUAACUACAUUGCUUAUUACAGAAGAGCCACAGUGUACUUAGCCAUGGGCAAAUCGAAAGCAGCAAUUCGUGAUUUAAGUAAAGUGGUUGAGUUAAAGCAGGACUUCACAUCGGCAAGACUACAGAGAGGGCACCUACUGCUUAAGCAAGGAAAAUUUGACGAAGCAGAGGAUGACUUUAAAAAUGUGCUCAAAUCCAAUCCCAGCAGUACGGAGGAGAAGGAGGCCCAGGCUCAGCUGAGCAGAUCCGACGAGCUGCAGCGCCUGCACGCGCAGGCCGUGUCUGCCUUCCAAAAGGAGGACUACGGAGGUGCCAUUUCUCUCCUGGAUGAAAUCCUGGCAGUUUGUGUUUGGGAUGCAGAGCUGCGUGAACUUCGAGCCGAGUGCUAUAUAAAAGAAGGAGAGCCAAGUAAAGCCAUUAGUGACUUGAAAGCUGCUGCCAAAUUAAAGAGUGAUAACACGGAAGCCUUCUAUAAAAUCAGCCGAAUAUAUUAUCAGCUUGGGGACCAUGAGUUAUCGCUCAGUGAAGUCCGGGAGUGUCUGAAACUUGACCAAGACCAUAAGCAGUGUUUCUCUCUCUAUAAACAAGUGAAGAAACUCAAUAAGCAGAUUGAAACAGCAGAAGGAUUCAUCAGAGAAGGCAGAUAUGAAGACGCUAUCGAUAAAUACAAUUCUGUAAUGAAAACUGAGCCAGAAGUCCCCGUUUAUGCUACUCGUGCCAAAGAAAGGAUCUGCCACUGUUUAUCAAAGAAUCAGCAGGCUACAGAAGCCAUACAAGUGUGUACAGAAGUUCUGCAGCUGGAACCAGCCAACGUGAAUGCUUUGAAAGACAGAGCAGAAGCUUAUUUGUUAGAAGACUUAUAUGACGAAGCUAUUAAGGACUAUGAAACAGCGCAAGCCAAUAGUGAAAAUGACCAGCAGAUUCGUGAGGGCCUCGAACGAGCCCAGAGGAUGUUGAAGCAAUCACAGAAAAGAGAUUACUACAAAAUUCUAGGAGUGAAAAGAAAUGCUCGAAAGCAAGAAAUCAUAAAAGCUUACAGAAAACUGGCAUCCCAGUGGCACCCUGACAACUUCCAGAGUGAGGAAGAAAAGAAGAAAGCAGAGAAAAAGUUCAUUGAUAUAGCAGCUGCCAAGGAAGUCCUCACUGACCCAGAAAUGAGGCGGAAGUUUGAUGCGGGAGAGGACCCCCUGGAUGCAGAGAGCCAGCAGGGUGGGGGCAACCCUUUCCACAGGAACUGGAACACGUGGCAAGGAUUCAACCCCUUUGGGUCGGGAGGAGGACCAUUUACAUUCAAAUUCCACUUCAGUUAGAGCCAAGACUGUUUUUGGUGGCUGCUGCUGUUUUCUACUUAACAUGUUUAAAAAUAAAAGUCUCUCAGUUCAAGACCC